AUGACAGACUACAAAUCAUACCAGCAAGUGCUCAGUAUCGGUGUCAAAAGAGCCGGCGCAAAGCCCAAAAAGGUGACCAAGCCAAAGUCCCAGCCUGCCAACAUCAAAAGAAGAACAAAAACAGGAUGCUUGACCUGCCGCAAGAGAAAGAAGAAGUGUGACGAAGACAAGGUCAACGGAAAGUGCCAGGGAUGCACCAGAAACUUCUUGGAAUGCUGCUGGCCAGCGGAACAGGAGUUGGCUCCCAAGGCAGAGCCAUCUGUUCUUGCCACUCCUGUGGUGGCGCCAAUGAGUCCCGUGUCUACUCCUCCACCUGCCAAGUGCACUAUCGAGUCGAUGUUGGCCACGCCUAUCAACCCAUACCCAAGUCCUAUUGCAUCGCCCAUCUCCGAGCCUAAGAAGGAGCCAGAAGACGUCAAGUUUUUGGCGCUUCCUCCGUUGGCCCACAAAAAGCAGCCACCACAACCGGAACCAACCGCCAAGUUCAUUAUCACCUCGUUCAACACCCACAACGACUUGUGCCAGGUUUUUUGGGAUAGACGGUUUAUUUGCGGCUAUUUAGUCCUAUCGGCAGGAGAACGCGAGGGUGCACCUGCCAUGUAG